GACUCUUGAAGCAAUUAUAGGACAUUUAGAGUCUGCCUUUUCGGUGGACAUUGACACCAUGUCUGCCGAAGUCGAAAUGUCCUCAACGCCUCCGACGGAAAAGGUUCAUAAGAAGCACAAGGGACACAAGGAGCACAAAGAUCGCUCCGAUAAGAAGAGCGAAAAGAAACGCAAAAGAGACGAGAAGCAAGACGCAGAGCGAUCGCCUUCCAAGAGAGGCCGCUCGGAAGCUCCUGUGGCUACUGAGACCCCAGCCACCGAUGCGAAAACUUCCAGCAACUACGACGAUGCGCCUGAGGGCUCCCCGUUCUCUGUUCACACCGCUUCGCUCUACCUACCACUUGCACCCAUUUCCCAAUUGAAGCCAAUCGAUGGCCUCUGCGCAGAGCAUCUUUCUCCUCUCAUCCUUACAUACUAUGCGCCGUUCCGAGGCGUGGUGCUCUCGUAUAGCAAUGUGCGAUUGUCAGAGCAACCGUCCGCAGCAGGCAAGCAAGGUUCUGGUCCCGUCUUAGCUCAGUCGGUCGACGAAUAUGCGGUCAGCUUCGUCUGGGUCACCGCCGACUUCCUCCUGUUUAAUCCGAAGCGUGGCGACUGGAUCGAAGGAUGGGUCAACUUGCAGCACGAAGGUCACUUGGGUCUCGUUUGCUGGAACCUUUUCAACGCCAGUAUAGAGCGGAAACGGCUACCGAAAAGCUGGCAGUGGGUCGGUCCAAGCACGUCUAGGUCAAAUUCAAGGGCAGAUGAUCAGGCCGAUGCUGCUGCCGAGGGCGAGGGCUAUUACGUGGACGAGGACGGUAACAAGGUCGAAGGCAAGAUUAAGUUCAGGGUCAAGGACAUUGAAACCUCGGCUUCUUCUAGUCAUGAGAGGGGUUUCUUGAGCAUUGAGGGUACCAUGCUACCCGAGGAAGAAGAAAAGCAGCUCUUGGAACAGGAAGUCUCCAAUAAGAAGCGCCCUGCGCUCAAAGGCAGACGAGGAAUACAGCGCAUACAGCCGGUAUUCAAGCAAUCCAAGCCUCAGACAGUGCAUAUAGAGACAGGGAAAGCUUCUAAUGAUGCCGAUUCUGGCACGGGUAAGCAUAGAAUGGCGUACUAGGGAUCUUAAAAGUUUAUUGGGGAGUCGAUGGCAUUUUUGUAUAUCCUUUGUAUUUACAGCGAUAUAAUUUCUCUUUACAAUUUUUCAAGGCUAGACGCGAUGAGUGUCAGUACAUAUUUGAUCUAUAAGUAAGAAAAAAUCAAAUGGGUUGAUUCAGG